GCCGCCGCCACUCGCCCCCGCCGCACUGGAUUUACCGCCCGCCGCGGCCCCGCUCCCCGGCCCCAUGCGGGGCACCGGCAUCAGCGGCUAGAAGGGGACCUGGAUGGCCGUGGCUGAAGGCGGCUGGUGCGCGGUGAAGCGGUGCGCUGCGGACUCCGGCGGUUCCUCCUGUCCCUUCGCGACCAGGGAGCCGCGCCCGUCUCCUCCUUCGCCCUCCUCCUCCUGCGGCUCCCAGAGUGAACGCGGCUGCUCCAAGACUCCUCGGCCGGAGACCGACGACAGCCACCGGCCGGCCCCGCCGCCGCCCCCGGCCGCCGAGGGCAGGUCGCUGCUCGCCCCCUACGUGCACUUCGGGACCCCCCACCCCUCCGGCCGUCCCAGCUGGGAGGACAUCCUGCUCUUCGCGGACUUAGACCAAACCAGCAAGCUGAUCUGGUCCAGCCGCGGCCCCAAGCUGAGCGCCCUCGGCGCCGAGCAGCCCGAGGAGAUGUACCAGACCCUCGCCAUCUCGGCCGCCCAGGGCCCCACGCCUUACGACGGAUCUCCGGGCGGCUUCAUGCACUCCACGCCCAGCUCGCCCGUCUACGUGCCCACGACCCGCGUGGGCUCCAUGCUGCCCACGCUGCCCUACCUGCAGGGCAGCGGGGCGGCCCAGCCCAGCCACCCGGGCGGCGGCCACGCUGUCUGGUCCCAGCCGGCCGCGGAAAGCCCCUCGUACAGCAGCGGCGGGGGCUCCCACCCCUCGGGCCGCUUCCCCUACUCCCCGAGCCCGCCGGUGGCCAACGGGGCCUCCCGGGAGCCCGGCGCCUACAGCAACAGCCUGGGCGCUAGGGACCAGUACAGCCCCCUGGCCCGGCCGCUCAAUGGCUCCUACCCGGGCCCUUACACAUCCUACGUGGGGCCGCAGCUCGCUCCUGCCUGGCCCACGGCGCCCUUCGAGAACUCCAUGCUGCACUGCCUCCAGGGCCGGGCCGCCCCCAUCCCCGUCCGGGCACCCAGCGCAGAGCUGCUGGAGGACCUGUCCGAGAGCCGGGAGUGCGUCAACUGCGGCUCCAUCCAGACCCCGCUGUGGAGGAGGGACGGCACCGGAAACUACCUGUGCAACGCCUGUGGGCUCUACACCAAAAUGAACGGCCUCAGCCGGCCUCUCAUCAAACCCCAAAAGAGAGUGCCUUCGUCGCGGCGGAUGGGCUUGUCCUGUGCCAAUUGCCACACCACGACCACCACCCUGUGGCGCAGGAACGCCGAGGGCGAGCCCGUCUGCAACGCCUGCGGCCUCUACAUGAAGCUCCAUGGGGUUCCUCGGCCUCUUGCUAUGAAAAAAGAAGGAAUUCAGACGAGGAAGCGAAAACCUAAGAAUAUAAAUAAAUCAAAGGCAUGCUCUGGUAACAGUACCACUGCAGUUCCUAUGACUCCGACAUCCACGUCUUCUACUAACUCAGAUGACUGUAGCAAAACUGCUUCUCCCAGCGCACAGACCGCAGCCUCCGGGGCGAGCUCGUCGGUGAUGUCUGGCCCAGGAGAGAGCACCAGUCCCGAAAGCAGCAACCUUAAGUAUUCAGGUCAAGAUGGGCUGUACACAGGAGUCAGCCUGACCUCCACAGCCGAAGUGACAGCAUCUGUGAGACAGGAUCCCUGGUGUGCCCUGGCUCUGGCGUGACCUAGUGAGAGGGAAGCUGGAUCCUGGCAGCCCCCAGACAUCUGCGCAGUUUCCUCUGUGGAGCGGUCGCAGUGGCAGUGAGAGUGCUGGCAAAGACCAUUCCUCUGAAACAGUUUGUGAGCCUUGGUGGCAGAGGUGUUUCUCUACUUCCAAAAGUGGCUUUGCAGAAGCAUCCAGUUCCUCAUCUAUGCAAGAAAAAUGUAUGGAAAGCAAAUGACCACCGGGGAUAGCUAAUGCAGCCUCACACUCUCAAAAAACCCUUCAAACCCCUCCCACCAAAAAAA